GCCGGGUAAAGUGGCGGGGUAAGCGCUGUGGUUUGACGCUGUCACGCCGCUCACACGAUGAGCCGUACCGGGGGUAUCCUCGGCUGCGGCCGGCGUCUUUCUGCGCUCGGGAUCUUGCCGCCCAAGGGUCCUCUAGCUGGUAUCAAGCGGCUUCUUUCCACAGCGGAGUUCAGACCUAGAAUAUGUAUUGUAGGCAGUGGACCAGCUGGAUUCUACACAGCACAACAUCUCCUUAAGCAUCACAAACAGACUCAGGUGGAUAUUUAUGAGAAGUUGCCAGUUCCGUUUGGCUUGGUUCGUUUUGGAGUGGCUCCUGAUCACCCAGAAGUCAAGAAUGUGAUCAACACAUUUACCCAGACAGCCCAUUCUGACCGCUGCUCUUUUUCUGGGAAUGUGACUGUGGGGAAGGAUGUCACUGUGGAGGAGCUACAGAAGGCUUAUCACGCGGUGGUCUUGUGUUAUGGCGCUGAGGACAAUCGGACGCUUGGAAUUCCUGGGGAGGACCUUGAAGGCGUCUACACAGCGAGAACUUUUGUAGGAUGGUACAAUGGCUUGCCGGAGAACAGAAAUCUGAAGCCAGACUUGAACAGUGAGACAGCAGUCAUCCUAGGUCAUGGGAAUGUGGCGCUGGACAUUGCACGGAUUCUCCUAUCGCCUCUUGAAAUUCUUCGGAAAACUGACAUCACUGAAGAGUCCUUCUCAGCCUUGGCCAGCAGUAAAAUCAGACGGGUGUAUCUUAUUGGCAGAAGGGGUCCCCUCCAGGUGGCUUUCACCAUAAAGGAACUGCGGGAAAUGAUCAACCUACCCAGCGUUAGACCUUUCCUGGAUCCUGCAGAUUUCAGAGAUCUUGGGGAUGCCAUUAAAGACAUCCCAAGACCAAAGAAACGCCUGACUGAGCUGAUGACCAAAACAGCUCUGGAAGAACCACCUGAGGAAGUGGGUGGCCGCUGGGCUUCAGCAUCCAAAGAGUGGAGAUUGAAGUUUCUGCGCAGUCCACUGGAAGUGUUACCUACCAUGGAUGGAAAGAGAGCAAGAGCGAUCCAGUUAGCUGUCAACAGGUUGGAAGGGGCAGGAGAUGCUGUGAAAGCAGUUCCUACUGGAGAAAUCGAGGAACUAAGGUCUGGCCUGAUUUUUAGCAGCAUUGGAUACAAAAGCCUUCCAAUAGAUCCUGCAGUACCCUUUGACAACAAGCGAGGUGUUAUUCCCAACAAUUCGGGCAGAGUUCUUGGGGCACCAGGGCUCUAUUGCAGUGGCUGGGUAAAGAGGGGACCCACAGGUGUAAUCAUCACAACUAUGAAUGACAGCUUUGACACAGCCCAGUCUGUGCUAGAAGACCUGCAGUCUGGUGCCUUGCAACUCUCCAGUGACAAGGAAGGCUUUGAUUUAGUGAGCCACAUCCUUCAAUCCCGAGGGGUCCAGCCUGUUUCCUUUUCUGAUUGGGAGAAGAUUGAUGCUGUUGAAGUGGCAAGAGGCAAAUUGGCCGGAAAGACUCGGGAGAAAAUAGUCGAUCAGGAGGAAAUGCUAGAAUUGAUUGGACAAUGAGACCGGACUUGCCCAAGAUUAUCAACCUAAUACUCCUACACAAUUCAAAGGUUGCAACAGAUUGUGCAGUUCCCUUGUACUGCUGUACAGAUAUACCACUAACAAUAUCUGUUGGUUUUGAAUGUCUACAUUGGUUGUGGGUACCAAAAGCUUGUUGCUGUCCCAAGCGAUGGAUUUCAUCUAUAGUCUGGUGCAUCCAUUGUGUUUUUUGAACUGGGGAGCCCUUUGUUACUCUGAAAAUGCUCUAAACAGGAGCAGUUCUCUCUUUAGCUUGAUCCCUGUAGAAAAGGGGAGGAGGAGCAGACAAAGUCUUUCAGAGUUUCAAUUUCAGAGAUUUAUCAACUGGUGUAAGUGCCUUAUCUGCCUUUGCAAAGAUUUGAGGUUUGUUUUGUAGGCUAGAGUGGGGAUUGAGAGUGGUGGUCCUGUUUUGUUUUAUUCCAAUCGCAACUCCACAUAUACAAACCAGUUGAAGAAACUUGGACAUGAUUUCCACCACGAUUUCUCUUGUCACUGUAUUUCUACUGGAUUUUUGUCAUUAGAUCUGAUGCCAUGACAGCCUUCAUUCAUAGAAGAGUCACAAUUAAAUUCACAUAGCAUUCCACAUCAGUUUGUCAGCCUUACAAAUGCUUGAAGUAAAUUAAAUAAAUGAAUACAAUUUAUAGGUUGCUUUGAACAUUCUGGAUGUAAAGGUAAAAAUCAGUGUUACUCUAGAGGAAAGGAGAUAAAUUUGGAUUUAGUAAUCAUGAGGAUAAGUCAGAGAGGAAAGGCAAUAUCAGUCACUUUUCUUAUUAGCUCUGGAAUUCUUUCCUGCUCACAUUCUGACUUUGCUGUCCAAUUGUGUAUUGUAUGAUCAUUUUUAAAAAUAAAGCUCUUUCUCAAACGGUGAACCUGGGUCAGCAGUCUAGACUUCAGUUUGUUGCCAAUCAUGAAUCUUUUAGUCACAACAUAUGCUGUUUAUUCUACUGCUCUUGCAAUUUAAGGAGAUAGAAAAUGCAGAGCUGGGCUUCACACAGUUGACUGAUUCUUGCCCGAUUCCUGUGCACACUAAGUGCUGGGAAAUUAAAGAAAUAGCUUCUUUUUUCUAGAAGUUCAAACUGAAGUCGGGUUACUGUUAACAGAUAAAGUAGCAUACAUGUGUAUGUAAUAAGCUCAUUCCUAAGAAAUAGCAUAAGAGAAACUUUGAUAAACUAUAACUGAGCCAACUAGUCCAUUCCGCUACUGCAAUUAUGAAUGUAAAAGUUGUAAAAGUUUUGGAAUGUAAUUGAAGAGAGUAUGGUUUCACAUCUUUCCCCACUUCUUAUUUUUCUAAAAAAUGGUUCCACAUCAAGAAGCAACCAUUUCCAUCCAUUCUAGUUCAGCUGCUUCUAAAUUGCCGCUAUUAGGACAUGGCAGGAUAUUUUUUAUUUAUUCAUAUUGGAAAUUCAAUUUGAAGUUUGAGGUUAAUGCUCAUGUUGGAAGCAGUAUCGAAGAACAGAAAGGCAGUCUUUUGGGCCUCCAACUUUGCACAUUUGAGAUAGUUGAAUAUCAUAUAAAUCCACUCAAUGGACUUAAAACCUUUGAAUUGCCCUUAUAUUACUAGUUGGGGCCCUCUGGCCAUCAGAAAACCUGGGUGUCCUCUCUUUCCAGGAUAAAAUUCCUAUGGUCCAACAACUUCCUUGUCCUGAAUGUUCAUUAGGUGGCGCCAUGAGGCCACACUAUUACUUACAGCCAGCAAGAAACUUAGAUGGAUUCUAAAAAGUUUGUGGGAAUUUCUGAAGUUUACUUAAAAGUCUGCCUUCCUGCAACCUGAUGUCCUCCAGAUGUCUUGGGCUUCUAACUUCUAUAAUCUCUUGUUAGUAUGAUUUUUGGAACCAGGAAGGCACAAGUUUUGAGGCUGCUUGACCCACUAUAUACUUUUGAAAAAUCCAGCAAAGUUUGGUCUUCAAGCUGCUUUCUGAUUACAAUUCCUGAUACUGGACUGAGGAUUCUGCUUUCCUUAUCCAUUGCCAUAUUGAUGGUGCUUCUAGCUUCCUGAAGAAAUGAUAGUGUAACAAAUUGAAAAAACAGAGGUAAGGAAGAUGAGCAUGGGUCUUGAGGGAUUAAUAUUGGACAUUUCUCCAUUUGAAAUUUACAGCAGAACCAUAUUGUCCUGAUGACCUCCAUCUUCCUCCUUGGUUAUAUGACUCUCAUUUCAUUCUCUUCUUCUUAAACAACUUAAGUUACCAUUUUGUGUACUGAAAUAUAAAUAGCCUCUCCCUCCUCAAUUUUACAUUGUUCCCUGCACACUUCAAGAUGUCAACAAAAAAAAAGUAAUGUUUUGUCAACCAUGAUUUUGAAGAGAAGGCUAGGUGACCUUUUGUAAGUAUGUUCAGGGCUGUACUUCAGAAAGCGCAGAUGCUUCAUGGCCCUUUGGGUCAUUGACCAGGUGGCACUGCAGUAAUUUCUCUUCCAAUUGCUCUUUCCUAUAACAUUUUGUUUCUUCGGUUCCUUUCAUCCCUUUACCAUUCCCUUCCUCUUGUCUGUUCCUCCUUCCUUCUGCCCUGGCUGUCUCCCUGGGUAUGUCUUAAUUGAAGAGUCUAAAUCAAAACCUGAUAUGUUGCAUAGUUAAUUUUAGAAUUUUUGAAAUACUCACACUUAUCAUUUGGAGCUGUCUUUCCAUAUGGGUCUUUAUUUCAUAUUAUUUUGAAAAAUUGAAAUGGGAGUGAGAUGAAGACAAGCAAACUGAGCUACGGAGGCCCAGACAAAGUCUCCAAAUUCCAGAACAGUACAAUAAGCUCAGACUCACCCCCAUUCAUUCUGCAAACGAUGCAUAUUUACCCGCUGGCAGAUGAUGCGUUGACGGGGAUGACAGUAAAACCAGAGGAUAAAGCUGAUCAUCCUGCCUGUAGCAAUGUGUAAAUCCCCCAAAUCGGAAUUAUAUAAUUUCAUAGAGAAUCACAAAUGAUGUCACUCGGGCAAGAUAGGAUUGAGGUUCUGCAUAGCCAAGUUUAGGAUGAGAUGUUUUGCUGCCAAUGCAAGGAAGGCUCGAUAAAAUUUUAACACAGUAGGAAGGAAAGGUUGCCUUUGAAUUGGGAAGCUUCUUGAGCUUGUUCUGGAUGCAUAAUAGCCAUGAAAGCAAUGGUUUCUACUGUGCUAAAAUCUGGGUAUUUCAAAUCUUGGUUGAUUUAUUUACGUAUUAAAAAGCAGUAAUAUUAAUCGACACAAGCAUAUCUUGAUGGGUCAAUGUGGACCACUUAGCUGUGGCUGCUUCUGAGAAAUUUGAGGUGCUUUCAUCUCUGAUGGAAUAAGUUCAAAACUAAACCCACAUUGUAUUCGUUUCAAAAACUAAAUAAUAUUUCCAAAGUUGAUAUUAAUGACAUUAUAGAUUAUGGCCUAAAGAAGUGGAAUUUCCAAUAAUGGGAUAUCAAUAGUUUCACGUCUUAAAAAUGUUAAACCAAUUUCAUUGGAAUUAAGAUUAAAAUUGUUUCAUCAAAUUCAUUCUCUUCUGGGUACCCCAAAGAAUGUAUUUGAAAAGAUGCAUGUCAGAUUUUCUUGGUUGACAGUGUAAAAAAAUUGAGGGGCCUCACAUAAUUUGGUCUUGUAAGCAACUGAUAUCUUUCUGGAAUAGUAUUAUUGUAAGUAGAUUUGUAAUAUUAAAUAUGUUAAUAUAAUGUUAAACUAUGUCCCUAAUCUCUGGAAUUUGACUAUUCAUUAAUAAUGGCUGUAUUGGAGAGAUAAUUCUUUUGAGGAAUUGGAAAAAUAGUCUUUAUUCCUGAAAUUAAAGAUUGGAUUUAAAAUAUUUUAUCUGUUUUGGAAAAGCAAUUUUAACUACUGAUAAAAAAUAAUGCAAUAUGUUUCCUUUUGGCAUAGGGUAUUAUUUGUUUUCUUUAAUCUAGAAUUUUUAAAAUGUGGUUUAGUAUUUGACGGAUAUGUGAUAUGUUUAGAUAAUCCUUUCUUUUUUCUAUUUCUGUGUACCUUUUUGUAAACCUUGUUACGAUUAAAAAAAAAACCUUAU